AAAAGAAGUUUGUAAAAAAUCAACGCUGCUGUGUUUAGGACUGUCUCUGACCAUACCUAUCAACCAUUGGGUAUAUUUGCGGUCAACCAAAGUUUGCCUGCCGCUAAACAAUUGGCGAUGAUUUGGAGAACAUUCAUUGAAGAUCUGAGCAUCUUAGGAAUAACGGUUCUGGCCAGCAUUUCUUCGGUAUCGCCCAUUUUCUAUGGCGCAAUAGAAAUAAUGAUCCAGCUAAAGUCUAUCUUGAACCUAUAUAGUCCCAUGGUAUACUCGGUUCAUCCUUUUGCGAGGAUCGUUCAUCUCUUCGACCAUAACAGCUUAAUAAACCGAUUUGACGACUUAAUGAAGGAAUGCGAUAGAAUCUACUUUCUACAACCUAUGGCCGCAUCCCAGUCAGAGAUCGUAUCGAGUCACGAGUUAAGAUUAAUGAAAACAUCACAUCAAGCCAUCAAAAGCUAUCAAGCCGAACUUGGCAAUACGAACAUGUCCAUAUACGAUCAGCGAUUCCGGGAGAAAAUAGAAAAAGCAUCCUAUCCAAGAGGCAAAGCAUGGACUCGAGGCGUCCAGAGUUUUUUGACUGCCACUGAGUUGGUCGCUAAACUAGGAGAUAUGGACACUUAUUGGUUGUCCCGUAACUUAACAGCUUGCUAUGAAAUGCUCGAAGAGUUUCGUAUUCUUCUUGCCACCGUCCAUUUUGGCUCUGACAUGUCCAAUGUUAACCGCGACCCGAUAUGCAGUUCAGGAAUCGCUGUUCUAUACUUGCGUGACCCAGUUAGUUACCGAACACCUGGAUCGAGGAAUAGUUUUUGCUUCCAUGGGAAUAUCCCAAUAAACAUCCAUACAUGUUUUCUGCUCGCUGUGCUGUACGAUGACCGAGAGGUGUACCAGAAACUGCUAGGCGGCUUUUACGACCAAGACAGUUACUAUGAAGCGUCCGACACUGCUUCAUGUGUAUCAACGUCGUCCAGCAGCCUGAGUGGCGAAAGUGAAACUUCUGAUGAUUUAAUUUUCCAUAAAGCGGACAACGACCACGAAUCUGCUGAAAACAGUCUAAGUGAUACAGAAGCUGACAAAAAUGCAGUUUAUAUGAUUAAGCUAUUCAAAAUAGCCGCACAAAGGGAUCGAAUAGUCGAAAUCUUCAACUUUGCAUGCGGAGCGUUCACUAACAGCUUAGACGUCAUCACAGAAAUACGCGAACAACCGCUGAUAACACAUAUAAAAACCAAAAUAACAACCAUUACAGAAUCUACUAAUUCACUCCUUGAUCAACUGAGGAUGAAAAUCCACAAUAAAGACGUUGCGCCCGGGGAAUCAUGCAACACGUUGAUCGGUUCAACCUCGACAGCAACGGAGGCCAACGAUACAUUGCUAUGCAUUAAAAUCAUUGAAAAUGAAAUGAAAGAGUGUGCACAAGCACUAGCUGGUUUGCUUCAAUGGGUGAAAUAUAUAUCAAAUAAGGUAACCAAGGUUUACGACCACGACACAGACCUGAGGAAAAUGAACUAUUAUUAUAACAUCGUUGAUAAUUACCAUACGAUCGUUAAUAUCUAUUUAGAUUCGUAUUCUUCUUCUACAUUAGAAGAACAGGAACACCAAAUACCUGACAAGUUGGCAAAAGUUCAUUCUAAUGCUACAGACGAAUCUACUACUAGAAAUUGCCUAUUUCAAAACGAUCCAUAUAACAGUGAUAACAACGCAGAUUGUAAUGCCGUAUCAGAACAGCAUGCUAUUUUAUUCUUUGAGCAAAUGUUCCAGCUACAAAAAAUUACUGUUCAGUUGGCUCAAAAUAUUAGCAAUGGCUCACUUGUGAAAACCUUUAAAAUUCCGAGUGAGACAAUCAGCCUAUUGGCAACACUUAUAGAACAAGUAAAAAUAAUUUUAGGUGACAAUUAUAAAUUAGAUCAGAUUUUUGCAGCCCAGGGCCAUGUAGUGCUUACGCACAUAGCACGUCCCAAGGAAGCCAAUAAGACCCAGCAGCCAAACAACGUUCCGUUAAAAAUCGCUCAAGAUCCUCAUGAUGAAUUAAACAAACUGAAACGUUUCCUUGAUGGACUAUUCACGAAGAGCGGCACAGUAAAACCGAUAGAUAGCUUUAGAGAGACCACUGUAACAGUGCAAGUGAUCUUGAACCAUCUUCAACUAUUUUGGGAAACCAUUUUGGAAAAGCGAAUCCAAGAGGUUAAAAACAAUGGCAUCAGAAUUGAUGAGAAAAAUAAUGAAGUUAAACCCUUAACAAAGAUCUGAUAGACGACAAGGCAACUUCCAAUCAUCAAGCCAACGAACGAGAAAAGGAACACACUCGAACUACUGAAACAAGAGCAAGUGAAGAUUAUGAAGAACAAUUAAUUAAAGACAGUGACAAACAGGAAAUUAGCGAAAAGCAACCAGUGGAAACAGAAGAAAAAUUCAAUAAGAACAACAGUACGUCCCAAAAUCUGAUAGACGACAAUUCUUCAAAGCACCAACCCAACGAACGAGGAAAGAACGAAAUUGAAACUACUGAAACGAAACGCAGUGAAACUGAUGAUGAAACAGUAAUUAAAGACAGUGACGAAAAGGAACAUAGCGAAAAACACUCAGUGGAAACUGAAGAAAAACCGAAUAAAGACAACCGUGCGCUCAAAUAUCUAAUAGAACCCAAUGCAAAUUCUAAUUAUCAAACCAACGAACGGCAAAAUGAAAGCAUGAAACCUACUGAAACUAAACCCAGUGAACAUAAUAAAGAAACAUUAAUUAAAGACAAGGACAAAAACGCCGAGCAAAUUUCAGAGGACUCUGAAGGAAAAUCCAAUAAAAACCAGAGUAAAAACAAAGACCUGAUAGACGACAAGGCAACUUCCAAUCAUCAAGCCAACGAACGAGAAAAGGAACACAUUCAAACUACUGAAACAAGAGCAAGUGAAGAUUAUGAAGAACAAUUAAUUAACGACAGUGACAAAAAGGAAAUUAGCGAAAAGCAACCAGUGGAAACUGAAGAAAAAUUAAAUAAGAACAACAGUACGUCCGAAAAUCUGAUAGAAGACAAUUCUUCAAAUCACCAACCCAACGAACGAGGAAAGAAGGAAAUUGAAAGUACUGAAACGAAUCGCAGUGAAACUGAUGAGAAAACAGUAAUUAAAGACAGUGAGAAAAAGGAACAUAGCGAAAAACACUCAGUGGAAACUGAAGAAAAACCCAAUAAAGAAAACAGUGCGCUCAAAUAUCUAAUAGAACCCAAUGCAACUUCUAAUUAUCAAACCAACGAACGGCAAAAUGAAAGCACUAAACCUACUGAAACUAAACCCAGUGAAGAUAAUAAAGAAACAUUAAUUAAAGACAAGGACAAAAAAGAAAACGCCGAGCAAAUUUCAGAGGACUCUGAAGGAGAAUCCAAUAAAGACCAGAGUAAAAACAAAGACCUGAUAGACGACAAAGCAACUUCCAAUCAUCAAACCCACGAACGAGAAAAGAAACACAUUCAAACUACUGAAACAAGAGCAAGUGAACAUUAUGAAGAACAAUUAUAUAAAGACAGUGACAAACAGGAAAUUAGCGAAAAGCAACCAGUGGAAACAGAAGAAAAAUUUAAUAAGAACAACAGUACGUCCAAAAAUCUGAUAGAAGACAAUUCUUCAAAUCACCAACCCAACGAACGAGGAAAGGACGAAAUUGAAACUACUGAAACGAAACGCAGUGAAACUCAUGAGGAAACAGUAAUUAAAGAGAGUGACGAAAAGGAAAAUAGCGAAAAACACUCAGUGGAAGCUGAAGAAAACCCCAAUAAAGAAAACAGUGCGCUCAAAUAUCUAAUAGAACCCAAUGCAACUUCUAAUUAUCAAACCAACGAACUGCAAAAUGAAAGCAUGAAACCUACUGAAACUAAAUCCAGUGAAGAUAAUAAAGAAACAUUAAUUAAAGACAAGGACAAAAAAGAAAACGCCGAGCAAAUUUCAGAGGGCUCUGAAGGAAAAUCCAAUAAAAACAAGAAUAAAAACAAAGACCUGAUAGACGACAAGGCAACUUCCAAUCAUCAAGCCAACGAACGAGAAAAGGAAUACAUUCAAACUACUAAAUUAAUUAAAGACAGUGACAAAAAAGAGCAUAGCGAAAAGCACUCAGAGAAAAUUGAAGAACAACCCAAUAAAGACAACAGUACGCUCAAAGAUCUGAUAGAAGACAAUUCAACUUCUAAAAAUCAAACCAACGAAGAAGAACAGGAAGACAUUAAAACUUUUGAAACAAAGCCCAGUGAAGAUGAUGAAGAAACAUUAAUGAAAGACAGUGACAAAAAAGAAAAUCCCGUAAAACAGCAGUGUAGUGUACAUUCUGAUGCGGUUUUAUUAAUGGACGUAUCCCUCAGAAUAGAUGUAGUAAUGAUUCUGUUGACUCGCCAGUUUGAAGAUACUAAUUUUUUGAAAGUACACGCACUUCCGCAUGACACAAUCAAUCUAUGGAAGAAACUUUUUAACCAAUUAAUCAAAAUUAUAAUUUCAAACAAAGAGAAAACAAAAAAUUCGGAAAAAGCCCGUAACGCUGUACACCCUCAGGUAAAAAUUGUAAACACUCCACCAACCAAACAGUCGCUAUACGACAAAUUAAAAGAACUAGAGAAAUUCCUUGCUGCACUAUUCUACAAAAGACAAAAAUUAAUACCGUUGGGAAAUUUAAGAAAGCGAACUGCAUUAUGUAACAAAAUCUUAGGCGACCUUCUUCCAUGUGUCGUACUUAAAUCCUCAAUUGGUAGGGACAACGAACGGAAAGAGGAAAAAAGAUAUGACAAUAAAAAAAGGCCACCCAGAAAAGCUGAACAAGAAUCCAGUAAGGACAGAACGUUUAAAAAUCUGUUAGAAGACAGCGCAACGUCCAAUCUUCAAACCAGCAAACAGAAACAGCAAAAUGCUAAAUCUUCUGAAGCGAAACCCAGUGAAGAUAAUGAAGAAACAGUGAAUAACGACAACAGCAAAACAGAAAAUACCGAAAAACAAACAGCGGAAACUGAAAAAGACUCCAAUAAAAACAAGAAUACGUACAAAGAUCUGCUAGAAGACAUUUCAGCUUCCAAGUAUCAAACCAACGAACGGGAAAGGGAAGGCAUUCAAACAAACAAACAAACAAAACCGAGUGAAGGUGAUGAAGAAAAAUUGAUUAAAGACAGUGACAAAAAGGAAAUUAGCGAAAAACAACCAGUGGAAACAGAAGAAAAUGUCAAUAAGGACAACAGUACGUCCAAAAAUUUGAUAGAAGACAAUUCAACUUCGAAUCACCAACCCAACGAACGAGGAAAGGACGAAAUUAAAACUACUGAAACGAAACGCAAUGAAAAUGAUGAGGAAACAGUAAUUAAAAAUAGUGACAAAAAGGAAAUUAGCGAAAAACAACCAGUGGAAACAGACGAAAAUGUCAAUAAGGACAACAGUACGGCCAAAAACCUGAUAGAAGACAGUUCAACUUCGACUCAUCAAACCAACGAGCGAGGAAAGAAAGAAAUUGAAACUACUGAAACGAAACGCAGUGAAGAUGCUGAGAAAACAGUAACUAAAGACAGCGACAAAAAGGAAAAUAUCGAAAAACAACCAGUGGAAACUGAAGAAAAACCCAAUCAGGACAACAGUAUGUUCAAAAAUCUGAUAGAAGGCUGCGCAACUUCCAAUCUUCCAACCAACAAACAAGGGAAUGAAGACACUAAAUCAUCUGAAACGAAACCCGGUGAAAAUAACGAGAAAACAGCAAUUAAAGACAAGAACAAAAAAGAAAAUACUGAAAAACUAUUAGCGGAAGACAACAGAACGUUAAAAAACCUGAUAGAAUGCAAUGAUCAAACCAAUGAACGAGAAAAAGAAGACAUUAAAAGCACUGAGACAAAAGCCAGUGAGGCUAAUAAAAAAACAUUAAUUAAAAACAGUAACAAAAUGAAAAACAGCGAAAAACAAUCAGUGGAAACAGGAGAAAAACCUAAUAGGGACAAAAGUACGUUGAAAAAUCUGAUAGAAGACAAUUCAACUUUGACUCAUCAAACCAACGAACGAGGAAAGGAAGAAAUUAAAACUACUGAAACGAACCUCAGUGAAUAUAAUGAGAAAACAGUAAUUAAAGACAGCGGCAAAAAAGAAAAUAACGAAAAACAAUCAGUGCAAACUGAAAAAGAAUCCAAUGAAAAGAAGAAUACGUACAAAGUUGUUAUAGAAGACAAUUCAACUUCCAAUCAUCAAACCAAUGAUCGAGAAAAGGAAGACAUUAAAACUGCUGAAACAAAACCCGGUGAAGAUAAUGCAAAAACAUUAAUUAAAGACAGAAGCAAAAAUUUAAAGAGUGAAAAACAAUCAGAUCUGAUAGAAGAGAAUGCAACAUCCGAUCAUCAAACCAACGAACGAGAAAAAGAAGACAUUAAAACUUUUGAAACGAAACUCAGUGAGGCUAAUAAAAAAACAUUAAAGAAAGACGAGGACAAGAAAGGAAAUUCCGAAAAACUAUUAGCGGAAGCCGAAGAAGAAUCCCGUAAAAACAAGAGUACGUCCAAACACCUGAUAGAAGACAGCGCAACUUCCAAUAAUCAACUAAACAAAUCAGAAAACAUUAAAACUACUGAAACAAAAGCCAGUAAGGCUAAUGGAAAAAUCUUUAUUAAAAACAGUGACCAAACGGAAAAGAGCGGAAAACAAAGUGCGAAAACUGAAGAAAAAUCCAAUACAGACAGCAGUUUGUCCAGCUCCCGAAGAGACGACAACGCAACUUCCAAUAGAGUUAGCAAAAAUUGCGAAAUGAAUAAUGAUAGAAAAGCAAGUGUCUUAGAUGUAAAACGUGCUGAUGCACCACAACAAUCGAAUAAUCAGCCUUUUCGUAAGCAAACAAACGUUUCUUCCUUGACUGAAUCAGUUGCUGUUUCUUCUUUACACAAUGAGAAUACCGCUUCUACUAGUGCACUAAGCAAAUAUAAUUCAACUGCAUUAAACCGAUUGGAUAUUGCUUGCAUUAACAAUGAAAAUAAAUUAGCUGAAAAGGAUAUAAGUAAAAAACAUGUUAUUUCUAAAGAUGAGACUUCUCUAUUUCUUAAUCUGACCUGCAAGCUCCAAAUCAUAACGAAUCAAAUAUCCAAAAAACUUGAAAAAGUUGCUAUUUUGGACGCAUAUACACCUACGGGCAAAAAAAACACACUCUUGGCAAAACUUAUAAGACAAGCAACCAUAAUCCUAGAGUCCAACGAACAAACAAUGCUAAGUCUCACUUCAACCCUUGAUCGUCAAAUGCGUACAGCAGAGAACGAUUUAAAAGUCUUUAUAGAAAUGAUAGCAAAUGGUAGGGCAAAAAAUACGUCCGAUGCAAACAUAUGUUCCAAUGCAUCUCGAAGCGAUUCUGGCAAAACCCAAAAGGCACAAACCGCACAAGGUCCAUUCGAUAAACUGGAAGAACUACAGCAAUUGUUUGCCACGCUAUUCACCAAGAAAAACAAAUUAAAACCAUUGGAAAGGAGAGAGAGAAUUAUAAUAACUGGGAAUAUAUUAGACUAUUUUAUUCCAUGCUUGGUAAGUAUGUUGUUAAAUCAAUAUCAAACGAAGGACAAUAAACGGGACAAUCAUCAAUCCAACGCACGAGAAGGGCAAGACAUUACAACUGCUGGAACUAAACCCAAUGAAGAUGAUGCGGAUACAUUAAUUGAAGACAGCAAAGGCAACAGCGCGUCCAAAGAUCUGAUAGAAGACAAUGCAACUUCCAACAUAAUGAGCAAAAAAGAUACAAUUAAUAAUGAUGAAAAAGCAAGCACCUUAAAUGCAGAACGUGCCCAACCACAAUCUUUCUUGGGUGAAUCUAUUUCUGUUUCGUGCCUGAAAGAUGCCAAUAGCGUUUCAACUAGUUUGGAAAACAACGAAGCCCAAGCACAAGGUACAGAUUCACAAGAAAAUCAAACAAAAAAGCUCAAAAUAAGAAACGUAACACUUUGUCAUGAAGAUUUAGAUGAAGAUCCAGACUCACAAAUGUUAAGAAUUUUUGAAAAUGAGACCAUACCAACUGAACUUGAAAGUGUAGAAGAAGAAUCUGAGAUUGAUCAGUUGCGUAAUAACUCGAGUGACGAUAAUUCAGACGAUCAAGACGAGCCUCUUUUUAAACUAUCCGAAACGCUGCCAGAAUUGUAUGGCACGGAAAUAUCAACAAGUCAGGAAGUCUUUGAUGACAAUAUCGAUAAAGAAAUCACUGAUACCAAGAACAAAGACACAGAGAAACAAUUAGGCGAAAAUAAAGCACAUUCCGAUAUAUAUCAAUCGAUUUUGCAAAUAGUGAACAGUCACGAGGUUGAGAUUGUAACUUCCGAACAAGGGGUUCAAAACACCCACUUUAACAAUGAUGAUGAAUUACUUAACUUGACAAAACAGCCAAACGAUGAAAAUGUAAUUCCCAUGCUACUUUCAUUUGAGGACAUAUCGAAAGCUCUAAAAAAUUCACAAAGGAAACGAGCUAAAAUUGCUUAUUUAUUGGACAACCUAUGUGAAGCUUUGAAACGCCCCUCCAAUGCAGAAGAAACCAUGAGCCAAGCAAUAUCAAUUUUUACAGAAUCUAAUUCUGCAACUGAACCCUUACCCACCACCGAACUUGAGUCAAGUCAGUUGCUUCAGCCCCAAGCAAGCGAAGAUAUCCAACCAAAAGAACCAAAAGAUGAUAUUGCUAUGCAGCUCAUCUCUAAUCAGACUCUUCACAGCCAAAUAGAAGCAGAUCUAGACAACAUGACAUUUACUCCUGAAGCAUCAGCCAUAACGUUCAGGCAAAAAUAUGAAUAUGACCCGGACAAUCAAAUAGAAAAAACUGAAGCAACUGAAAGCAUAAGUGACGAUACUUUGGUGGAAAACGAUCAGGAAGAAAUCCUUGAACAAGAAACUAAAAUAUUAUGUGAUGAAAUGAUAUGUGAGUCUUUAGCGAAACUAUUGGAAAUUUUAUUCAUGAAUAUUGAAAGAAACCAGAAUACAAUCAGUCUAAUCAGACUACUUGCUAGCAAGAUGAUACGUGUUCAAGAAACAAUCAGUCAAUGCAUAAGCAGCGACGAGAUGCUAAUGUCAGUUAUUAUAAGAAAAAAAAUGAGGACGUCAAGGAUAUCAUAUAAGAGUAAAAUUGAGUAUAUUAAGGAUAUCAUACAAGUUCCCAAUAUCAAACACCUCAUUGGAAAAGAAAAAGAGGAAAGUCUAUCAGUAGAACUUGAAAACAGAUCCUGCCAAUCCAGCGGCUUCUUGGCAAUACUGGAAAAUGUUGUUUGCAAAAUUGUAGAUGUACAGAAGUCUGAUAAAGCAAUAGAAAAUAUAAAAACCCGAAUUAAACUAAAUAAAACCAUUAUUAACUUUCUUAUCUCGACUUAUUCGCAACUUCUUGGACAAGACAUUCCAAAGCCAGAAAAAUGCCUAAAUUAUGAAACGUCUUCCACUGAACUCAUUAAACGUGAGUCUGCUGACUGUUUGGGAAAAAAUGACCUUAAAGUGACUGAAGAGACGCCUUCAAAUCAGCAACUUGAUGAAACGACCGAAAAAAUCCAUCAACAAAAACCAGAAACUGUCGGUGAAAGUAAUGAGGAAGUCGAAAGAAUCAAGCUUCCACAAUGUAUUGAAAGUUCAAUGAGAACAACAUGAAAACGAUCUACUGCUUCAGUUAGAAUGUGACCAGAACAAUAAAAAAGAAAAAUCUGAACUACUUGAAGAAAAAAAUACUCUAAAUAAACCAGCAUCUAGCGAAACUCUUCAAGCUCCAACAGGAGAAAAUCCAGACAGAAUGAAAUUGACUCAAAAAACAGCAGACAUAAACAGUGGGGAAAAUGAAGACAAGCGAAGCGAGAAACCUGAAAACGAGGCAGCGGUUGAGUUAGAACGUGAUCAGGACGAUGAGGCUCAUACAAUAGAAAAAUGUGAAGACAAACUUGUUUCAACUGUUCACGUUCAACGCCAGGACAAUGAAUAUAUUCAAUUCAAGGAACUGAAAAAUACACCCACAAAGAGCGUAGAUUUUGCGGUUCAGCUUAGCUCUAAUGAAACUCUUCAGGUCCAAACAGGAACCGAUCUAGACAACAUUGCUGGGACUCCUAGAGCAUCAAAUGUCAACAAACGCGAAGAUAAGAAGAAGCGAAGCAGCGGAGAAGAAAAAGGCGCAUGUUGUCAGGACAAAGACACAGGAAAAACUAAAGAAGUUGCAAACAUGAAGCCAGAUAUGGGACGAAAAUCACCUACAAUGAGCAACGAUUUUUCAGAGGUAAAAGAUCGAGAUGAACUAAAUGGAGAUGAAACAGAAAGUGAAGUCUCAACUAACGAAUGGAUGUAUCAGGAUCUGGAGACACUGUUCAAAAAGAUAAUUGUGAUGAUUAAAAGUAAUCCGCAUACAGUUAGUCGACUUACAGACGUUAUUAGCAAUUUAAUAAGUGGUCACGAAGCAAUUAAUCUGCAGUCUUCUCAUGAGUACAACGUUAUUGAAAAUGAUAACACAUAUGCGAAUAUUAUGAAUGACCUUCUCUUCCUAGAUUGUGAAUUUGGAAACCAAAAAGAGGAAAGCGUAUUAAUUGCACCUGAGGACCGUAACCUUGCAAUAUUGGAAUAUUUUGUUUUCCAACUGUUCAGAGCUCAAAAGUUGGCAAAAUCGCCAGCAACUUUAAAACUUCAUGCCAGAUUAUAUAUAUCCAUAAUUGACGUUAUUCUUGCAUUUCUACAAGACAUUCCAAAACCAGAACAAUGGCAUAAAUCCCAAACGCCUUCUAGUGAAGUUCAGCUUAGCUCCAACGAAACUCUUCAAGUUCACACAGGAACAGAUCUAGACAACAUUGCAUGGACUCAUAAAGCAUCAAAUGUCAACAAAGGCGAAGAUAAGAAGAAACAAAGCAGCGGAGAACCAAAAGGCCCAUACUGCCAAGAAAAAGGCACAGGAAAAACUAAAGAAAUUGCAGACAUGCAGCCAGAUAUGGGACGAAAAUCACCUGCAUUCAGCAGCGAUUCUUCAGAUGUAAAAGAUCGAGAUGAAAUGAUUGAAACAGAAAGUGAAGUCCCAAGUACCGAAAUGGUGUAUGAAGCGCUGGAAAAACUGUUGAAACCUUUAAUUACGGGGGUUGAAAGUAAUCCGUAUACAAUUA